CCUGUUUGUCCUCCUCGGUCCUCCGGUCUCCGUCGGUCUCCGUCGGUCUUUGUUCUCCCGGGACACCCUGUCCUCUGGCUCCGGUCCACCGGAGACUCCCCGACUCUGUGAGCCCGACUGGGAGCGGAGGGUCCGGUUCUGGUCCGGUUCCGUCCCGAUGGAUUUUACUUAACGGUGCGGAACUCUGUCUGUGGGGCCGAGGCUCGCUCUGCAGGGAACCGGGUCAAGGGGACGGAACAGGUCGGUUCGGUCACUUUAACCCGACGCUGGACUCAAGGCGGUUCGACUUGGUUCUGUUGAGCUUCUUCAGGUUUUUUUUUACCCCGGGUUGGACUACAACCGGACCCGAUCCCCGAGUUUUAAUGUCACCGGGACCGGAGAACUGGACUCGAACCCGCGCCAGUUUGUUAAAACUGUGUUCGGAUCAAAGUUAAACUGGAUCAAAGUUCUGCUGCAGGUGAAUCCGACUAGUUAUCAGAACCGUUCGGCUUCUUAAACCAGGUUUACUGGACCUGGGUUCCAGUUAAAGGUUCUGGUUCGUUCAAAAUGACUUCUAGAUUGGGUUUACUGAUACCCAGAAGUCCAGGUCUCAGCUGUCCCACUUCCUGGACCUAGGUUCUGACUCAUCCUGAACUCCCAAGUCCUCUGGUUUUGGUUCUGUCCAGGUCCAGAUCAAGUUAGUCCAGAGCCUAAUUGGGUUUAGUCGGGUUUUUAGGAAGCUUCAUUCGGGGUCUAGAGCAGGUUUAGUCCAGGUCCAUAUUGGAUUACAUCCAGGUCUAAACCUGGGAUUGGGUCAGAUCUAAUCUGGGUCCAGUUCUGUUUUUGCCUCAACAUGGCCGAGGUCAACCAGAACCCCCCCUCGCUGUGCUGCUGCCGUAAAUCCCUGCCGGUGUCUGGGGGCCGGUGCGUCGGGGACUCCAACCAGUCCUCGGUGGGUCCGAGGCCCGGCGCCCCACCCUGUCCCCUGGUGGACGUGGCUUCAGCGUCAAACUUCAGGUGUUUCCAGCUGCGACACUUUCACCUGGACCUUCGGUUGAACUUUGCAGCGAAGGAGAUGAACGGCUGGCUGGUUCUGGACCUGGUUCCGGUCCAGCUGGGGGUCAGCACCCUCAUCCUGGACUCCCACCCCUCCCUGUUGAUCCACUCCAUAGACUGUAAGGUUCCAGAGGAUGAGCCAGAGGAGCCGGCCUCCCUCACGUACCGGGUGGAUCCGUUUACAGACUACGGGUCCUCGCUCGUCAUUAGCCUACCUGCAGAGAUGGUUAAACCCGGCAGACUGAUCCAGGUCACAGUCCGGUACACGACCACGGACGGCCUGGCGAUCUGGUGGCUGGACUCGGAGCUGACCUGCAGUCAGUCUCGUCCUCUGGUCUUCACUCAGGGACACUCGGUGUGCAACCGCUCCUUCUUCCCCUGCUUCGACACUCCGGCUGUGAAGAGCACCUACACGGCCACCAUCCGGGUUCCAGAGGGUUUAACGGUUCUGAUGAGUGCGUCCCGCAGUUCCUACUCCAAGCUGGAUCGGGUCUUCCAGUUUUCCAUGGAGUUCCCAGUCCCGUCCUACCUGGUGGCGCUGGUGGCCGGAGAGCUGCAGCACGUGGACAUCGGCCCGAGGAGUCGUGUUUGGGCGGAGCCCUGUCUGCUGUCCUGUGCCGUGAAGAAGCUAGGGGGCAGCGUGGAGCGCUGGUUGGGCGUGGCCGAGGACCUGUUUGGACCGUACCUGUGGGGCAGGUGUGACAUCGUCUUCCUCCCCCCCUCCUUCCCCAUCGUUGCCAUGGAGAACCCCUGCCUCACCUUCAUCAUCGCGUCUAUCCUGGAGAGCAGCGAGUUCCUGCUGAUCGACGUCAUCCACGAGAUCGCGCACGGCUGGUUUGGAAACGCCGUCACCAACGCCACCUGGGAAGAGAUGUGGCUGAGCGAAGGCCUGGCGACGUACGCGCAGCGGAGGAUCACCACGGAGGCCUACGGUGAGGCCUUCACCUGCCUGGAAACUGUGGUGCGGUUGGACGCCCUGCACAGACAGCUGCGCCUGCUUGGCGACAACAACCCUGUGAGCAAGCUGCAGGUGAAGUUUGAGCCAGGCGUGAACCCCAGCACACUGAUGAACCUGUUCACCUACGAGAAAGGCUUCUGCUUUGUGUCGUACCUGUCCGAGCUCAGCGGGGACGUCAGGCGCUUCGACAGCUUCCUCAAGGACUACAUCUCAGAGUUUAAGUUUCAGAGCGUGGUGGCUCAGGACCUCAUCGCCUACUUCCUGCGGUACUUCCCGGACCUGCAGGACGCCGCCGUCUCUCAGAGGGAAGGUCUGGAGUUUGAGCGCUGGAUGAGCGGUUGUGGGCCGCCACCGUUUGAGCCCGACCUGUCAGCAGGGGGCGCUCUGAUUGGGCCGGUCCAGGAACUGUGUGACUUGUGGAGGAGCGGCGACACGCCCGACCAGCAGGCGCUCGCCACCUUUGACCUGUCGGCCUGGAGCACCUUCCAGGUGGUUCUGUUCCUGGACCGGAUGUUGGACCACUCGCCGCUGCCACACGAGGUGAUGGCGAGUCUCUCUGCUCGCUACUCAUCCCUGUUCGACGGCCUCAACGCCGAGGUUCAGAUCCGCUGGCUGCAGAUGGUGGUGAGGAACACGUUCUACCCCGACCUGCCGCGGGUCCGGGCCUUCCUGCACAAACACACCUCCAGGAUGUACACGGUGCCGCUCUACGAGGACCUGGUGGCCGGGGUGAUGAAGUGCGUUGCCGUUGAGAUCUUCUACCAGACGCAGCGCCGCCUGCAUCCCAACCUGAGACGGACGCUGCAGCUGAUCCUGUUCCCGAGCAGCUCGGCUCCGGCCAAUCAGAGCAGCCCCGUCCCGCCCAUCGUGGCUGGCUCCUCCCCUUCUGGUUCGCCGCUUCAGACUCCUGCCGCCACAGCCGCCGCCGCUGCUGCUGGGACAAACGCCGCCAUGGCGCUGAGGGACGUCAACGUGUCCGCAUGACAAACACCUGGGCCCCCGGAGGCCCCUGGUGUGUUAAACACUUCAAAGUCUGCUUUCCUUCCUUAUCAUCAUGUUCGCCGCCAGCAGAAGUUGCUGGAGUCUAAGGUAAAUGAUCUGAAGCUUCUGCCUUAGUGCGGAGCUGCAGGCGUGUGGGAACAGGAACUCCGGCAGCUCAGCGAUGGCUUUGAGGCAUCUGAACCCGGAUCAGUAUCUGAUCCAGAGUGCAAACUGAACCUCGGCUCCAGAUCUGAACACCAGCAUCAUCUGAACACCCGCGCGGCCUUACCGCUUCACUGUGAAACACUCCGACUGUCGGGCUCUCUCAACGGUCCAAUCAGAUCCUCAGGAAUCUGCAGACAGGCGUUAAAACGCCUGAUCAGCUCGACUCUGAAUGCACCGUCAGGAUAGAGCUGAUGUUUUCACUUUAAGCGGCCGAGAAACAAGCAAAAGGAAUCAAAUCUGAUCACAUGACCAAUAAUCUGUAUCGAUUAGGAACCAGCUUCACUCUGCAAACAGUUUAAUUAUGUUAUUUAUUCAGUUUUCCUCUAACAAUCAAAAAUAAAACGUAUAAAAAACU